GUGAAAGCGAAAGCCGAGUUGGCCGGCUCAGUUGUGGCUUUUCAACAGGCAAUCGGUCAAGCUCCCCAAUUUUUAGUUGUGAUGAUAUUGCACGAAGUUCACAAACAGGCCGAUCCGAACAUGGUGCUCCGUGGAAACAGCAUCGCAACUAAAGCCACCGAGAUCUAUCUACGCCUGAUCGGGGAGACCUAUCUUUCUCGUGUAUUGGCCGAUUUUGUCCAAACCGUUCUCAGUGGCAGCGGUGGGGCCUGUACUGUCGGUACUCGUCGGGCUACCGAACCCCAAACCGGUAAGACGUCUAAACAAGGUCGCAUGAGUAGUUCCAACGGGAAUAGUGGCACGCUGGGCACAUUCCCCGAUUGCGAAGUGGACGCGGCUAAACUUCAAUCGUCCAGUCAACUGGCACAAAAUCAGGCCAAUCUGAAAAACUUGGUGGAAACCGUGUGGGACCGGAUUGUGACCAGUGAGGCAUACUUCCCGGAAAAACUGCGUAUGAUUUUCGCAGCGGUACGCAAUCAGUUGGAUACAAUCUAUCCACCGGGGACUAUGAAGUCAUCCGAUCCCUCACAGGCCACCUUAUCGGAACACGUGAUUUCAGCAUGUGUAUUUCUACGCUAUAUUUGUCCGGCUAUCCUAUCUCCGUCCCUGUUCGGUUUGACCGCGGAAUUUCCCAGCGAGCCCCGUGUCCUGCGUGCAUUUACCCUGGUCGCAAAAACCAUUCAAUCCCUGGCCAAUUUCAGUCUGUUCGCCGGUUCAAAAGAAGUCUAUAUGACUUUUAUGAACCCUUUCGUUUCGAGUCAAUUGCCCGCAAUGCGACGUUUCCUUUACGCCAUCUCCUCUCCACCACUUCAACUGCACCGACCCAUCAACGACCCGGUCUCACUUCCCCCGCAUUUGGAUGGCACAAUGUCACUGACACAGUCCAUUUGUCUCCCUCCAGCCAGUCUGGGCAUCAAUCGCACACUUCUGACCAGUCAUUCACACCACGGCGCAUUUCUCGGUGAUCCCUCGCACAACGGUGUCAGUUCGGACUGUUUCUCCGACCCGUCGAGCAGAUUUGGCCGGGCGGGGGGGGGCCUUCCGAGUGGCACUCCAGCAGAUCGGCACACUGGUCCAGAUCAGCUAACCCAUUUCGAGACUGGAGACCUAUCUUGUGUACCAGUUCUGUUACCCCAUCUGCCUCGGUUCGACACAGACUCGCAACUCGGGGAUCAUGUGGAUUUGGCAUUGUGCUUGGCCUUGUGUCAUCUGCAAUUGUCCGAAGCAAUUCAAAAGGUCCCAGCCGAGAAUGCAUCUCCACACAUUGCUAAGAUAAAACCGGUUUUGGAAGAAAUCGAUUUUUUCCUCAAAUCCGGUGUGGAACCCAGUUCCAAUUGGUGGCCCCAAGAUUUCGUGUCUCAACAACGACGAUCAGAUGGGGUUCCAGUGAAUUCAACACCAGCAACCUCGUCUUCUCCAACAUCCAAUUCCGUCUCGGCGACCAUGUCCUCCUCUUCUAUCCGGUUCAACCGUUCUCAGGGUGCAUCGGGUUUUGGUACCGAUUCGAAACCUUCUGACUAUCUAUCUGGGAUAACACGAUUGAUACAGAAUAGUGACCGACUGGAUUAUGACAAUCCUGUGCAGCAACCGUUGAAUGGAAAUCAUGUGGAAGCCACAUCGAAUCCGCCAACCGCUGCACGCUCUCGUAUAGCACCCUUCGAACUGGUACAUGCAUCUUUUUUUGAUGGAUGUCCUCGAAGUCCCAGUCAAAAAGCGUUUGUUACGAAAAAUCGUAAUAGCCCACCCGCGGGCUCUCACGUUGUUCGAAGCCGCAGCGGCUCGGAACUAAUGCGAGGUGGAAACGAAGGGCAGAGAUAUGUUGCUAUUCCCCAGCUCACAGCUUCCUCCAAAGAAAACCACUCAGUGCCUCAGGGGACAUCUAACCCCUCCAUUACUAAAGAACACUACUCCAAUGGGUUCCUCAGCUAUGAACAGAUCCCACGACCUCCACCAUAUUCCGUUCAAAACUCGGAACCGCGAGCCAUGGUACAGUCUCUCGGUGAUUCUCCUCAAGGAGUGACAAACUCUAGUGUUAUAGCUGAAGACGGUUCAUCGUGGACAAUUGACAGAGAUUUACACAUGGUCGCUGCUACUGUGGCAGAGGUUCCUGUGUCUACAAAACCAGAACCAGCACAGUUGAUAUCUGUCAUGCACUCCCACGGCCCUGUUGCGCUUGCUAAUUCAGAUAAGAGAUAUGUUGCUAUUCCCCAGCUCACAGCUUCCUCCAAAGAAAACCACUCAGUGCCUCAGGGGACAUCUAACCCCUCCAUUACUAAAGAACACUACUCCAAUGGGUUCCUCAGCUAUGAACAGAUCCCACGACCUCCACCAUAUUCCGUUCAAAACUCGGAACCGCGAGCCAUGGUACAGUCUCUCGGUGAUUCUCCUCAAGGAGUGACAAACUCUAGUGUUAUAGCUGAAGACGGUUCAUCGUGGACAAUUGACAGAGAUUUACACAUGGUCGCUGCUACUGUGGCAGAGGUUCCUGUGUCUACAAAACCAGAACCAGCACAGUUGAUAUCUGUCAUGCACUCCCACGGCCCUGUUGCGCUUGCUAAUUCAGAUAACCCAACCCACCUGACGCACAUGUAUGCAACUCAUUCGAGCUCUUCGGGCUAUCAAUCUCUUCGCAGUCAUGACACUGCAACCGCCAGAGCGGUGUGCCAAAAUGGUGCGUAUGGCCCAGCUUACGAUUAUCAAAUGGUUUUGACAAAUAAAGAACCAAAUCAGGGUAUCCCACGACCACCUGCUCAAUCUUCGGCUGUAGCCAUGAGUAAUCCGUUGUACGCUUUUCACGAUCCACGACCAUCAGCGCUGUCUCCAAUACCGUUAAGUUCACCAGAUGAGAGUGAUUUGUCUCCUCAAGAUCCCCGAUCUCCACCGAUAGCCCAAGCGAUCCCGACACGUGUGAAGCUCGCCACUCCACGAUCUGCCAGACGCCACACCUACGUCAAUCUAGCAAGUGCAGCCAACGUGGAAGCAGUGUUUGCCUUCAUGCGACCUCCACAUCGUCGGGCAUCCAUCACCUCUGACCCGGCUGUACCACCAAUGCCUAAUACCCAUGAUGCCUCCUCCCCGGAAAGACGGCGUACUGUGUUGGAGGGCAGUGAACUGAACACGGCAGCCCCCACUGGAAGUCUAACUACGCUCUCCAGUGCACCAAUAGAUUCCAUCGCAACGCCAGAGCAUCGUACAACAACCGUGCCUACCCGGACGCACUCGACACAUCGGCCGAACUCGACAGACGAUGACCUGGUUCGGCAAGUGACCACCAUGCACGCGACUGUGGAGGGACUUGAUCUACGAAUCCCGAGUGCAGCCGGAUCGCUCAAACUGUACCCCACAACCGAGAAACGAACUGCCUUGUUUCAGACUGAUCCUGCCGCACUGGAUCCGGACAGCAUUCGGGAUGAAUUGGAUGCAUCUCAGGCUCGUCUGGCCGAAGCACAAGCUCGUCUCCUGGCCAAUGAAGCUGAGCGUAUUCAACUGCUUCGGGCUUGGCACAACGAGCUAAUGAAGCAAUCCCAACUGGUCACUUACGGUUCACGUGGCUCC